ACCAACCACCUUUGCAGUCGCAAGUGGCUCCUCUUUUAUUGCCUGAACUAUCAUAUUUCCACCUGAACACUAUAUGUUGCUAUAUUGUAUUGCGGUCCACCUUUCUUGACCUGUAUCUCCAGAACAUCGGUGUCCAUAAAACGAUUCCCGUCCCCAAGCCGCCCACCAGAGUGGCAGUCAAACCUCAUUCUCGUCCACUCAUACUUUCAUUACAGUCAUGGCAACGCGGAAGAAGGUCCUUCUGAAGGUGAUCAUCCUCGGAGAUAGCGGUGUCGGCAAAACUAGUCUUAUGAACCAAUAUGUAAACAAGAAAUAUAGUGCUAGUUACAAAGCUACCAUCGGCGCGGACUACCUGACGAAGGAAGUUCUAGUUGACGAUCGAUUGGUAACUAUGCAGCUUUGGGACACUGCCGGACAAGAAAGAUUCCAGUCACUAGGUGUCGCCUUUUAUCGAGGAGCAGAUUGCUGCGUGUUGGUAUACGAUGUCAACAAUUCCAAGAGUUUCGAGAACCUUGAUAGUUGGCGGGAUGAGUUUCUUAUCCAGGCUUGUCCCAGGGACCCUGAGAGCUUCCCAUUCGUUGUGCUUGGAAACAAAGUCGAUGUUGACGAGUCCAAACGGAUGAUAUCCACCAAACGAGCGUCAACGUAUUGUCAAUCUAAGGGAAACAUUCCAUAUUUCGAGACGAGCGCCAAAGAAGCUAUUAAUGUAGAGCAAGCAUUCGAAGUUAUUGCAAAGGUUGCUCUUACGCAAGAGGAAUCAGAAGAAUUCAAUGGCGAUUUCACGGACCCGAUCAACAUCCAUCUCGACAACGACCGCGAUACCUGCGCAUGUUAACAAUGCCUCGUCAUUUCCUGGUUCGCAACCAGCAACAAGUGGCCCCCUGGAAAUAAUGUCUGGUACUUGAUGCUUCCUAUGGGGGCCACACAUUACUGAUGGUCAAUGUGUCAGAUAAAAAAUACAUUGACGUUUGAUUAACAUCAUUCCGCUUCAUGGGCUGGGGUUCGUUCGGCGUUGUUUCCGUGGUUUCUUUACCUGGAUAUGGAUUAUGGCACUCCUUGUAUCAUUUGGACUUCUUGCUAGCCAUACUUUCCUACAAUAUUUUGACUCUCAAGGCGCGUUUCAUUCUUGCCCUGUUGGCUGCAGGACAAAGGGUCGGACACAUUCGAAAUAAUCAGAAGUAUAGCACUCUUUUCGUCCGAUAUGGGUGUUAGUAGCAUUUUAUUGUCAACAGUAAUUGAUCAAUCGAAUGAUAAGGCAUGGCUUCGGUUUC